AGGAUGAAGGUAAAGAUCCGACAGUGGAACGGGGUGGCCUCUUGGUUGUGGGUGGCCAAUGAUGAAAACUGUGGGAUCUGCAGGAUGCCUUUCAAUGGCUGCUGCCCAGACUGUAAAGUGCCUGGGGAUGACUGCCCGCUGGUCUGGGGUCAGUGCUCCCACUGUUUCCACAUGCACUGCAUCUUGAAAUGGCUGAACUCGCAGCAGGUCCAGCAGCAGUGCCCCAUGUGCCGACAGGAGUGGAAGUUCAAAGAAUAAACCUGUGGAGGCGCGGCGGCUGCACGCCCGCAGAGACUCGGAGAGAAAGCCCCUCGCAGAGACCUGUUCAUGGAUUUCAUUUUUUUUAUAUCGGCUGUAAAUAAUGUUUUUGUAUUUCUCCACCUGAUGUAAUGCAAAGUACAUUUGGAACCUAUUGUAUUCUGUUGACAGAUUUAGUAUGUGAUUAAAGAAAGAAAAACCUGACAUCA